CUAGUAAUAUUCCUGUAGUCAAAGAAAUUGAAGGACUUGUUGAUCCUGGCAUCUUCAAUGUUGUACGAUUUGCUUCUGCAGCAAUUCCCUUUAUCCCUUUUGUACUCCGAACGAAUGAUACUCGGACCCGUAAUACAGGGAUAGAAUUGGGAUUUUGGGUAAGCUUAGGCUACCUUAUGCAAGCAAUUGGAUUGCUCACAUCUGAUGCUGGGCGGGCUUCUUUUCUUUCUAUGCUCACUAUUGUUGUGGUUCCCUUGCUUGAUGGCAUGUUAGGAUCCGUAAUUCCUGCACGCACCUGGUUUGGAGCUCUCAUGUCGUUGUUUGGUGUUGUGAUGUUGGAGUCCAGUGGCUCACCUCCAUGUGUUGGAGACUUGUUGAACUUCUUAAGUGCACUCUUUUUUGGGGUUCAUAUGCUACGAACUGAACAUAUAUCACGAAGUACUAAUAAAGAGAACUUUAUACCACUCCUUGGCUAUGAGAUGUUGGUUGUUGCUCUCAUAUCAACCUUGUGGUACUUUAUUGGAGGUUCAUUUUUCGGUACUCGAGCACUAAAUCCGUCAGACUUGACAUGGUCAACGUUCUGGAGUUCAACUUUGUCAUUUCCCUGGAUACCUGCUCUUUACACUGGCUUAUUUUCAACUGGGUUAUGUCUAUGGAUAGAGAUGGCUGCUAUGUGUAAUGUAUCAGCUACAGAGACUGCAAUAAUUUAUGGGCUGGAACCAGUAUGGGGUGCUGGGUUUGCUUGGUUUCUCCUUGGUGAGAGAUGGGGUUUAAGUGGAUGGAUUGGGGCCGCCUUUGUAUUAGGUGGAAGUCUAUCAGUGCAGAUAUUCGGAGCUUCAUCUUCUUUAUCAGGACAAGCUGAAAAAGUUAUUCAGGAUGAUAAGUUAUCGAUUUUAGAUGAAAGGAACAAUAUUCGUGCUUCACCACUUAUCAUUAGCUGCAAUGAAGAUCCAUCUGACUUGUGGCGGAAGUCAUGAAUCUUGUUAUGUCGAUGUUUAUAUCUUGCUAUGUAUAUAUAGGUGGAUAUUGUAUUAGUAUCGUGACUGCUUUACGCAAAUACAACAACAACAACAACAAACCCAGUGUAUUCCCACAUAGUGAGGUCUGGGGAGGGUAAGAUGUACGCAGUCCAUAACUCUACCUCUAAAGAAGUAGAAAGGCUGUUUCC